AUGUUCAAAACAGCAAGCAAUAAACCUAUAGAAGUAGAUUCAAGUAUACUAUCGGCUGCUGUCUUAAGUGCUAAACAGUUUGAUGAACAAAUUGAAAAUAUGGCAGCUGAUGAACUUUUUGUAAAAGAUCUUACUACACCAAAAAGGACUUCAGAUUUUUUAGUAAAGAGACCCUUUUCAGAGGGUCGUUUAUUCAAAAAUCCCUCAAAUUCUAAUGUAACACCAUUAUCUUUAAGACAUCCUAGAGAUCAAUCACAAUCUGUUUCAUUAAAACGUAGAAGCACUGAGGAUGUCCCAUUUAUAACACCUAAAAGAUUUAUGAAUACCAAUUUGUCUUCGAAUCCUUUUAAAAGGCCGCUAAGAAAAUCAUUAGAAAAAACGGCUUUUUCGACGCCUAUAUCUAAUAUUACUCCAAACAAUACACCUGUUCGAGAAUGUAAUUCAAAAGAUAAAAAAAAUGAUGCUAUUGCUGGUGAAACUCCACUUCGAACAAUAAAUAAAAAUUUGAAUAUUGAUAAUUGUGAUUUUGUGAAAAUUAAAAAUGUUUGUAAAAAAGAAUCUAAAGGAAGAGAUCUUGUUGGAAUAGUUUGGGAAAUAAAUGUCACAGAAAACAGUAAAGCUCAUAUGAUAAUAAUUGAUGAUACUUGUCAUGGAGUAAAUGCUGAACUUGUGAUACCUUCAGUAUACAUCAUGGAGUUUAAAACUCGUGUUAAGGGUCGAGUUAUAGUUGUUAAAAACAUUAAUGUAACCAAUAGCAGAGGAAAAAACAUUCUUAAAAUUUCUCCUGAUUGUUACCGUUUUGACGGUGAUUCUUUCGAUGAAGAAGACCUCAGAGAGUGGUACACGUUUGGAAAUAUUACUCAAGAUAAAGUAAAAAUUGUAUAA